CUGGUGCAAUUCCCCCACGGCCAGCUGUUGGGAGGGCCGGCCGCCUGGGCGGUUCCCCGCGUCCAGCAGGCGUGGGGUGGGCUGGCCCAAUAGGCUUUCCCAGAGCCGGCUUUCGCCGCUGAAUCGUUUGCAAAAGGCAGCCAGGCCGGUCCUCAUUGGAGAGAGCUCCGUGGGGCUCAAGUCCAGCCAGCGCCGCCUCUGCCCCCCCCUCCCUCUUUUCUUUUUAUUUUUGCAUGCGGAGGGGCCGGGGCUGAAAGAGGCAUCGAAGCCGUUCGUGCGUACGCUUGCUAGCUCUGCCUGCAAACCGAGAUCAUCUCUGCUUCUCUCGGGACGCUGGUGCGGGCACCAUGCAUCGCUUGUCAGGGCUGAGUAGGGAAGCCGCCGCCACUCCCCCUCGCCUCCCCGAGCGCCGAGCCGAGGCCGUGCGCUUCCUCGCCUGGCUGGCCACCGGCAAAGAGCCGCGCCGCCGACGGCCCCCCAUCAAUGCCCCGCGAAGCGUCGCCCAGCCGCCUAUGGGGACCGAGCGGCCAACCCGGCUUGCAGUGGCCGGUUGGAGCAGCGCCGCCGCCGAAGCCCCAGCUCUGCAACUGAAAGAGAAGGCGCCUCGCGAGAAGAUCCUCACGUUGGAAUCCAUGAACCCGCAGGUCAAGGCGGUGGAGUACGCGGUGCGGGGGCCCAUCGUCCUGAAAGCGGGCGAGAUCGAGAAGGAGCUGCGGAAGGGUAUCAAAAAGCCUUUCACAGAAGUCAUCAAGGCCAACAUUGGUGAUGCUCACGCCAUGGGACAGCAGCCCAUCACCUUCCUUCGACAGGUGGUGGCCCUUUGCACUUAUCCCAACCUACUGGACAGCCCCAGUUUCCCAGAAGACUCCAAGAAGAGGGCAAGACGGAUCUUACAAGGCUGUGGAGGCAACAGCUUAGGUUCAUACAGCGCCAGCCAAGGAGUCAAUUGCAUCCGUGAAGAUGUAGCGGCAUACAUUGAACGGCGAGAUGGCGGUGUCCCCGCAGAUCCCGAGAACAUCUACUUGACCACGGGAGCAAGCGACGGCAUUGCUACCACUCUCAAGAUCCUCGUCUCUGGAGGAGGGAGAUCCCGAACCGGAGUGAUGAUCCCCAUUCCUCAGUAUCCUUUAUAUUCCGCUGCCAUUUCCGAAUUGGAUGCCAUCCAGGUUAACUACUACCUGGACGAAGAGAACUGCUGGGCCCUAGAUGUGAACGAAUUACGCCGUUCCUUAUACGAAGCCAAAGCGUAUUCUAAUCCCAAGGUUCUUUGCAUCAUUAACCCUGGAAACCCCACAGGUCAAGUUCAAAACAGAAAAUGUAUUGAAGAGGUGAUACACUUUGCCUGCGAAGAGAAGCUGUUUCUUCUGGCUGACGAGGUGUAUCAAGACAACGUCUAUUCGGAGAACUGCCAGUUCCACUCCUUCAAAAAAAUCCUUUACGAGAUGGGACCCGAUUACUGGAAUAACGUCGAACUCGCUUCUUUUCAUUCCACUUCCAAGGGCUACAUGGGCGAGUGCGGCUACCGAGGAGGCUACAUGGAGGUGAUAAACCUGCAUCCAGAAAUUAAAGGGCAGCUAGUUAAGCUCCUCUCUGUCCGUCUGUGCCCGCCCGUCUCUGGUCAAGCUGCUAUGGAUGUCGUGGUGAACCCUCCCGUUCCCGGAGAAGAAUCCUACGCCCAGUUCAUUAAGGAAAAAGAGUCGGUCUUAAACAACCUUGCCAUGAAAGCCAAACUAACCGAAGACUUGUUCAAUCAAGUGCCGGGGCUCCACUGCAACCCACUUCAAGGGGCCAUGUAUGCCUUCCCACGAAUCUUUAUCCCUGCCAAGGCCAUUGAACUAGCAAAGGCCCAUCAAAUGGCUCCCGACAUGUUCUACUGUAUGAAACUUUUAGAAGAAACUGGAAUUUGUGUUGUACCUGGAAGCGGGUUUGGCCAAAGAGAAGGAACUUAUCACUUUAGGAUGACGAUUCUCCCACAAGCAGAGAAACUAAAGAUCUUAUUGAAGAAAGUGAAAGAUUUCCAUAUAAAAUUUCUGGAGGAAUAUUCUUAAAAUAAAGACUUUUUUUUUUUCAA